GUAGUCGCAUGACACUAAUUUGAUUUUGAAAUCUGUUCAGUUAUUUAUGUCAGUUAUGUGUCUUGUUAGUGCCGUUUGGUUUCUGUUGUUACUCUAGUAGUCUAGUUUUUAGGUUUUAGAAUUUUAAUUUAAAUGUUAAUAAAAAUAAAUAAUUAUAUGUCACUAAUAUCAUAAUAAGCAUAAGCUUUUAAACUUUUUAAGUUUAAAUUUUAAUUUAAAAAGGCUUUUAUUUUUAGUUUGUUUAUAAUUUUAUAAUUAAAAAAACAUUGCUAUCAGUAACAACUAACAAUUAAUAAAUUAACAAUUAACAUUAAUCACACAUCAUAUAUAUAAAUUAUACUCAUAUAGCUGACAUGGUGUAAUAAUACAACUUAAUAGUCCAUACUUCCAUAGUCUAGUCUAGUCUUCUAUUGUAUCUGAUUUACUUUGCUAUACUACACAUACUGUGACUUACAUAUUGCACACAACAUCUGCUUUGUUUUAGACUUUAAGUUUAAUUGACAUAUUUCAGUUGAAAAUUUCAACAAGCCAUAUUUUUUAAAAAAGAAAAAAGAACAUGCAGUGUUCUAGCAGGGGUUCAGUCCCACAAAUAGCGACAAACGUCACAUACCAGACUCAACAUGUUUCCAGGUUGAAGAGGGGUCAAGUUUUGGGUCACGGGGGCAGAUUCAGGGGUUGCACUGUCUGGUUCACUGGUUUAUCUGCAGCUGGUAAAACAACUUUAGCUUUUGCAUUAGAGUCAUAUCUGGUUGAUCGUGGCAUUCCUUCCUACAGUUUGGAUGGCGAUAACAUUAGAUUUGGUUUGAACAAAGAUCUUGGGUUUAGUCCCACAGAGCGAGAGGAAAAUAUAAGGAGGGUGUCUGAAGUGGCCAAGUUGUUCGCUGAUGGGGGCAUUGUCUGUCUUACUAGUUUCAUCAGUCCAUUCAGAAAAGACAGGGCAAGAGCAAGAGAAAUCCACGAAGAAUCAGGUUUGGUGUUUGUUGAAUGUUGGGUGAACACUUCACUGGAGAUUUGUGAGCAGAGGGAUCCGAAGGGUCUUUACAAGAAGGCGAGGAAGGGCGACAUCAAAGGCUUCACAGGGAUCGACCAGGAAUACGAACCUCCAGAUAAUCCAGAGCUGACUUUGAGGGCUGGAGAGUUGAGCAUUGAUGAGAUUGUUCAGCAGAUCGUCUCAUACCUCAUUCAGAGGAGCAUUGUAUCUGACUCGCACUUGAACUUGGUGAAGGAGUUGUUCAUUGAUGAAUGGAAGAAGCCAGAUUUCAUCAAGGAAUGCCAGAGUAUACCACGAAUAAAUAUCAACGAGAUAGACUUACAGUGGGUACAAGUGUUGUCAGAAGGGUGGGCCUCACCUCUCUCAGGGUUUAUGAAGGAAAGUGAAUAUUUACAAACUCUUCAUUUUGGAAGUCUGGUGACACUUGCAACGAACAAUAACCAAUCCAUUCCUAUUGUCCUACCAAUCACUACCAAAGAUAAAACUGAAGUUGAUGGCUGUGAAGCAUUAUCUUUAUGGUACAGGAACAAACCCGUGGCAAUCAUUAGAAAUCCUGAAUUUUUUGAACACAGGAAAGAAGAAAGGUGCUGUCGACAGUUUGGCACUUUCAACCUUGGACAUCCCACUGUCAAGAUGGUAUACAAGUCAGGUGAUUGGUUGGUUGGCGGGAAAAUGGAGGUUUAUGAGCCAGUCAGGUGGAAUGAUGGAUUGGAUGAAUAUCGACUGACGCCAUUACAACUGAAAGCCAGAUUUCGUCAACUCAAUGCAGAUGCUGUGUUUGCGUUCCAACUACGCAAUCCCAUCCACAACGGUCACGCCCUGUUGAUGACCGACACGAGGAAAAAACUGCUGGAACGAGGAUACAAAAAUCCCAUACUUCUCCUGCACCCGUUGGGUGGUUGGACGAAGGAUGAUGACGUCCCACUGCCAUGGAGAAUGAAACAACACCAGUGUCUCCUGGAAGAUGGAGUCCUAGAUCCACAAUCAACAGUCCUUGCUAUUUUUCCAUCUCCCAUGCUUUACGCUGGUCCCACUGAGGUACAAUGGCAUGCGAAGGCCCGCAUGUCUACUGGUGCAAACUUUUACAUUGUUGGCAGAGACCCAGCAGGCAUGCCCCAUCCUGACAGUAAGAAAGACUUGUACGAUCCUACUCACGGAGCCAAAGUCCUAACAAUGGCUCCUGGGUUGGAUCAGUUGGAGAUCGUUCCGUUCAGAGUUGCUGCCUACAACCAGAGGAAACAGCAAAUGGACUUUUAUGAUGAACAAAACAAGGAUGACUUUAUCUUCAUAUCUGGAACGAAGAUGAGGUCUAUGGCUCAGGAGGGAAUCGAUCCUCCGCAUGGCUUCAUGUCUCCGAGGGCUUGGAAGGUCAUGAUUGAGUACUAUCAAAGUUUGAAAACGGGGAGCGGAGCUGGAGGAGAAGGUAACAGUUGAGGAGAGUCAGUUAAAUAGGUAGAAUGUUGGUUAUUAAGAAACAAUCAAAGGUAGGUUCUUAGUUAUUAAGAAGGAAUCAAGUUGUUGUUUAAGACAUUCUAGAGCCGAAGUAUUUAUAUUUUGUGACUCGAUUUUAUGUCAAAUCAUUUUAUUCAGUAUUAAAAAUUGUUUCGUUUGGAAUUGGUUAUCAUCGUUGUAAUAAACAAUUUAUUUCGUAUCUUAUUUUUCUAUUUUCGUUUUGGUUGUACUCACUUAUAUUGCAUUUUAUGUCAUACCAUAGAUUUAUUUUUACACAUUCAUAUACCAUGAAAUUUUAAAUCCAGGGUUAAAUUAACAAUACCUGCUUAUUUAAUUUUUUAUUAUAAAAGCAGCUUUCGGUUUUAAUUCAUUUAAAUUACUGAAUUAUAUUUGUGCACGUGUUCUGGAACGGUUUUUAUAACAUGAAAUUAUUUUCUAGAAUGUUCUCGUAACGUUACAAAAGCCCCCCAAUAUUUAUAUGAUACAUGGAAAUGAAUGUAACAGUAAUAUAUUCUUAUUUAGAUUUUAGAUAUUUAGAUUCAGAUAUAUUAAAUGUUUAUUCGUAAAAGCGACGAGAUUUCUUUUUUUGCGGUUUUGUUUUAUCUUACAUCAUCUAUGAAUUUUUUUAGACAUAUAACUACCUAAAUGAAUUAUUGUUUCUCCUUAGUCAAACGACUUUAAACCCGCUUUAAGGAUUCAGUACAAGUUGGAAAAACUCCUAUAACACUACUUUUUUCUGUGUAUCCAAAAUAUGGAUAAACUGAAACAGUUUUUGUAUCAUCAAAGUAAAUUUUGUGGCCUAAUUUUGUUUCUGAAACUAUUUGUGAAAACCAAUACAUCGUAGCAUUUAAAAAAUGUUAGCAACAAGUUUUUAUCAACUUUAUUUUUAGUUCUAUUGGUAACCGUAAAUCACUUUUUUGUCUUUAAAAAACGUCAUUCAUUUAAGUAAAUUUUUGUCAUAUUAAUGAAACAUUCCGCAUGGGCCAUCACAGAUUUAUUCUUUGUUUUGGAAUAAAUAUUUGAUUUUUGUACAUCUUGGUUUCACUUUUCAACUUUUCUCCAAUUAUGUAAUGUAAGUCGCAUAUUUAAAAAACAUGUGUUAGAUGCCAAGCUGAUCUGCUUCGUUAUUUGUUGUUAGAGGCAAUUAAUAGGUGCAUAUAGAUUUGAUAACAAUAGCUUUUAUUUCAUUUCGUUAGUCAUCGUUAGGAUUACAUAUUUGUCAAUUGAUGGUUUUGAUUUCAAAGUUGCAAACCUUAAUCAGAAAAGCUUCAAAACAUUAUAAACACAUUUUUAAAAAUGAUAAUAAUGUUAAUGUCCAAUGAAAAUGUUAAAAAUGAUUUUUCAAUUAUAAAACCUGAUCGUUUUUGUGGAUGUUAAA